AUGGUGAAGACCUCCGGUUGCUGGUCUGAGGGUGGUCCACUUGGGCAAGGUGUGGGGUCUGCAGGUUUCGGAUAUAGGCAUAAAAGUACUGCAGUUUCUGGAUUUGUGCCUCUGUCUGCGGGGGUGGUCCACUUGGAAGAGGGUUGGGGUCCGCUAAUUUCGGAUAUAGCUAGGCAUAGGAGUAAUCCAGUUUCUUGCUAUUUUUCAAAGUCAGUGGUGGAACUAUUUAAUGGAAAAGGUGGUCUGGUUGAAGGGCGCAUAGAGAAGAUUGAUGUUGCGGGGGUAGAUUUGGAAGCUACGGAGAACCCAAAAUUAGUUUCUCCACAAGCGACACAAUGGCAUAUUUUUGCUGCGUUUAGCACUCUCAAGGGGGGCCGUGCUGAUUGGCUUGUUGAGAAAUGCACUGAGCUUGGAGCAUCCAGCGUGACACCUUUGUUGACUGAACGUUCUAAUUCUAUAUCAGAAAACAGAGUUGACAGGCUACAGCGACUCAUUCUUGCCGCAACAAAACAAUGUAGAAAACGUUUGCAUGAAAUGAUAUUAAAGCCUCCUAUUACAGUGGUGAAUCUCCUACCUAUAGUGAGUCAGUCAAGAUUAUCGCUGGUGGCUGUAGCUGAGGCUACUCCAGUUUUAAAUACUUUGAGGGUUUUAAAUAAAGAAUCUGCGGGAAUCGUCAUAAUUGGGCCUGAAGGAGACUUUACAGAUAAGGAGUUGGUCUCAUUAACGGAGGCUGGUGCAACGGCUGUUGGUUUGGGCCCACAUCGUCUGCGUGUUGAAACUGCUACAAUCGCUCUUCUUUCAACCCUGAUGUUAUGGUCCGAUUCCCAGGAAACUAUCAGCAGUUAG